AUGUCUUCCCGUCCUGAGCUCAAGGUCGAGGAUGAGACUGGUUUCAUCCGCUACUUCAAGUCGUUGCCCGCCGUCACGGGCGAGACCAUCCGCAUCUUCGACCGCGGUGACUGGUAUACUGCCCACGGUGACGAUGCCAACUUCAUUGCCAAGACGGUCUACAAGACCACCUCGGUUGUCAGACAGCUGGGGCGAAACGAUGCCAGCGGCCUCCCCUCUGUAACCAUGACCAUUACCGUAUUCCGACAGUUCCUACGAGAGGCGCUAUUCAAGCUUGGCAAGCGUGUGCAGAUCUAUGCGAGCAGCGGCGGCCGUAUGAACUGGAAGGUGGUGAAGCAGGCCUCGCCCGGCAACCUGCAAGAUGUCGAGGACGAGCUGGGCCAGAACUUCGAGUCGGCACCCAUGAUCCUCGCCGUCAAGAUAUCCGCCAAGACCACCGAGGCACGCAGUGUCGGCGUCUGCUUUGCAGAUGCCAGCGUUCGCGAGCUGGGCGUUAGCGAGUUCCUCGACAAUGACCUUUAUUCCAACUUCGAGUCUCUCCUAAUCCAACUGGGCGUCAGGGAGUGCUUGGUCCAGUUUGACAAGGCUGAAAAAGACAAGGACCCUGAGCUCGCCAAACUCAGGCACAUUAUCGAUAACUGCGGCGUUGCCAUAUCCGAGAGGCCUGCCGGCGACUUUGGCACCAAGGAUAUAGAGCAAGAUCUGGCGCGGCUGCUCAAGGACGAGCGCUCGGCCACGCUGCUGCCCCAGACCGACCUUAAGCUCGCCAUGGGCUCCGCUGCAGCACUGAUUAAGUACCUCAGUGUGCUACAAGACCCAUCGAACUUCGGCCAGUACCAGCUCUAUCAACAUGACCUGUCGCAUUUCAUGAAAUUGGAUGCCGCAGCGCUCAAAGCCCUCAAUCUCAUGCCGGGAGCACGAGACGGUGCCAAGUCGAUGAGCUUGUAUGGACUGUUGAACCACUGUCGAACACCCGUCGGCAGCCGCUUGCUUGCCCAGUGGCUGAAGCAGCCGCUGAUGAGCAAGGUCGAGAUCGAGAAGCGUCUCCAGCUCGUCGAAGCUUUUGCCAACGACACAGAGCUACGCCAGACCAUGCAGGAAGAGCACCUCAAGUCGGUGCCCGAUCUAUACCGACUCGCCAACCGCUUCCAGCGCAACAAGGCCAACCUGGAAGACGUCGUGCGCGCAUACCAAGUGGUCAUUCGCCUUCCCGGCUUCCUUGGUACCUUGGAGGCCGUGAUGGAUGAGCAGUACAAAGAUCCACUUGACGAGGCCUACACAAACAAGCUCCGCCAGCUCUCUGAUAGUCUCGGAAAGCUCGCCGAGAUGGUAGAGACGACCGUGGACCUCGAUGCCCUCGACAACCACGAGUUCAUCAUCAAGCCCGAAUUUGAUGAUAACCUUCGAAUCAUCCGCAAGAGGCUGGAUAAGAUGAGAUCUGACAUGGACCGCGAGUUUCGUGAUGCAGCCGACGAUCUGGGCCAGGAAGAGAACAAGAAGAUCUUCCUCGAGAACCACAAGGUGCAUGGCUGGUGUAUGCGUCUGACACGUACCGAGGCUGGCUGCAUUCGUAAUAAAUCCAAGUACCAAGAGUGUUCUACACAGAAGAACGGUGUCUACUUCACCACCAAGACGCUCCAGUCCUUGCGACGCGAGUUCGACCAACUCUCUCAGAAUUAUAACAGAACUCAGAGCAGUCUGGUAAACGAGGUUGUCACGGUGGCAGCGUCAUACUGCUCGGUCAUGGAACAGCUCGCCGGAGUCUUGGCACAUCUUGAUGUCAUAGUCUCGUUUGCUCAUUGUUCUGUCCAUGCUCCGACAUCCUAUGUCCGACCCAAGAUCCAUCCCAGGGGCGAGGGCCAGACCGUUUUGAAGGAAGCGCGUCAUCCUUGCAUGGAGAUGCAGGACGACAUCCAGUUCAUCACCAAUGAUGUCGAGCUCAAACGGGACUCUUCCUCCUUCCUGAUUAUCACAGGCCCGAACAUGGGCGGUAAGUCGACCUACAUCCGGCAGAUUGGUGUCGUCGCUUUGAUGGCGCAGGUCGGCUGCUUCGUUCCUUGCGCUGAGGCGGAGCUUACCAUCUUCGACUCUAUCCUAGCGCGUGUUGGAGCAAGUGAUUCUCAGCUCAAGGGUGUCUCGACCUUCAUGGCUGAAAUGCUGGAGACUGCCAACAUCCUCAAGUCCGCAACCGCCGAAUCCCUGAUCAUUAUUGAUGAGCUGGGCCGCGGUACCUCGACUUACGACGGUUUUGGUCUCGCAUGGGCUAUCUCGGAGCAUAUUGUCAAGGAGAUCGGCUGCUCUGGCUUGUUCGCAACCCAUUUCCACGAGUUGACGGCCCUGGCGGACACCUAUCCCCAAGUCAAGAACAUGCACGUCACAGCGCACAUCUCCGGCACCGACUCCAAAGCCGAUAAGCGUGAGGUGACACUUCUCUAUAAGGUUGAACCGGGUAUCUGCGAUCAGUCCUUCGGCAUCCACGUCGCCGAGCUCGUCCGCUUCCCCGACAAGGUCGUUAGGAUGGCCAAGCGAAAGGCAGACGAGCUGGAAGACUUUACCAGCAAGCACGAGCAGAACGGCAUCGGCUACAGCAAAGAGGAUGUCGAGGAAGGAAGCGCCAGGUUGAAGGAGGUCCUCGUCAAGUGGAAGGACGAGGUCAAAGGCGGCUCUAUGAGCAAGGAGGAGAUGGUGCAGAAGAUGAGGGAUCUGGUGAAGACCGAUGAGCGCUUGGUCGCCAACCCCUUCUUCAAGGCGGUAGAGGCCUUGUAA